AUGGCUGAGCGCCGGGCAGCUGCCAAGAGCCGACGCAUGGGCUCCAGCCGGCGCAAGCAGCUGCGCGAGGGCUCCGGCAAGGCACUGGCGGCAGCUGCCAGCCCCAUCGAGGAGCUGCCAUGGGCAUCUGAAAUAGUGCAGAGGGUGCAGGACUUCUUCAGGGAGCGGGACAAGGACCAGGCGGGGUUUGUCACCCGCUCGGACAUGCAGAAAUUGCAGGAGGAAGAUUUCCCAUGCAGCACGGAGGAGCUGGAGCUCGUCUUCGAUGGGCUGGAUGCUGCUGGCACCGGGCGGUUAUGCACCGAGGAGUUCGCUGCGGGGCUCUGGCAGUUCCUGAGCUCCCAAAAAGCUGCCAGGGACCACCGCCGGCAGAAAACGGCAUCCCGGAGGGUCCGCUUGGUCCUCCCAAGCCCAGUGUUGGAGGGGGCGGACAGCGAGGAGCGGAGACACUUUGCCGCCUUCAUGGACCAGCUGGGCACAGACAACGUCUCUGAAGAACAGGAGAUCUGGCAACUCUGGGUGAAGCUCCGGCAGGACGAACCCCAGCUCCUGGACAACCUGGAGGACUUUCUGGCCAAGAUGAGGCACCGCAUCCAAGAAGCCAGGAGCAAGAAGGAGGCUUUGGAGGUGACCCUGAACAAGCGUGUAGCUGAGCACAACAAGGAGGUGCAGCAGCUCUGUGAGGCCCUGGAGCAGCAGAUCCGGCAGGAGCAACAGCAGCUGGAGCAGGAGAGCAUGGCCCGGCACCACCAGCACGGCGUGGAGCUGCAGCAAGCACUGGAUGCCAGCGAGAGGGAGGUGCAGCGCUUGGUCACGGCGCAGAUGGAGCUGGAGACGCGGUGCCGCAGCCUCCGCAGCACGCAGCAAGCUGCCAGCACCGAAAACCGGCAGUUGGAGGAGAGCAACCGGGUGCUGGAGGACCACCUGCAGCACCUCCACCAGCAGCUCCAGCAGACCCACGGGCGCCUGCGGACCGCAAGGGCCGCGGUGGCUCGGGAGCACACGGAGGAGCCCGGGGACAAAGCGGUGACAGACCUGCCCGGUGAGAUGCCCCUGUCCCCACAGACGAGUCCGGAGAAGAGCGAGAAGUACCACUCCGAGAUGCAGAUCGGGCUGGGGUCCCAGAGCACAGAGCCUAAAGCCAAGAGCACCCACCAAGUGGUUUGGGAAAUGCUGCCAGCAGAAAUAAGCGUUUUGGGAGCCCUGCCGAGAGUGAGCUCUGUGGAAGAGGACCCCUUCCCAGAAUUCCUGAAGGAGGAACGCUUUUCUGACCAAAGCUCUUUGCUAAGAGAGAUGAAUGAUGCAAUAGCGGCUCUGAGCAAACAGCUGAAGCCACAGGCACUGGGUGCACCCCCCGCGCUGGCAGACACUGCCUGUCGCCCCCAGGACGAUGCUGAGCCCCAAAUGGGGCUGGAGGCAGCCGCAGCCCACGGCACAACCCCCGGGGUCCUGCAAGAGACCCUCGUCGGCCACGUCGGUCAUGAGCUGUUUGAAGGAGACCUGAAAGAGGGACCAGCCACAGCUGAGCUUCGUGCUCCAGACAUGACACAGGCUGAUGUGCGGCGGCUAGGCACUUCAGGACAGGCAGCCCAAAGCGAGCUUCAGGAGCAAGUCUCAGCACAGGCAGAUAAGGUGAGGCUUCACGCUGUUUCCCAGCAGCCGGAGGAGAAGCUGCCACACAUGAUGGAAACGGAGCAGAUAGCUGCCAGACCUGCCAAGCCUCCAAAACAAGAGGUGCCACCAGCGUCAACCCUUCACACAAGGGUCCAACAGGAGGAAGAUGCUGGGAAUGAUCAGUCAGGGAUGGUCCUCAGAGACAGCUCACUGGGGGAUGCAGCCAACAGCAGCACGCGGCCUCAGAGGCAGCUCUUGGGAGAACAGAGUGAAGACCUCAAUGUUGGUCAACAGGAGAAGCAAGAGGUUGGGCAGAAAACAAGCCAGGAAGGUGAGCCCAGCCGAGGAGAGCCAGGGGCCGUGACUGCAGAUGGGGCGGGAGAACCAAGGGGUUCUCCUGAAGCCUUCCCGGUCCCAGACCACCUCUACAACGUGCUGUUCGUUGGGGACUCCCACGUGGGCAAAACAUCAUUCCUGUACCGGUUGCACACCAACAUCUUCAACCCGCACCACACCACCACAGUAGGACUGGAUUAUUGGGUCAAAAACCUCGUCGUGGACAACAAGUGCUUUGCUCUCUGCCUGUGGGACUCAGCUGGCCAAGAAAGGUACCGCAGCAUCACCAAGCAGUUCUUCCGGAAGGCGGAUGGGGUCGUGCUGAUGUACGAUAUCACAUCGGAGUGCUCCUUCUCAGACGUGCGGUACUGGCUGAGUUGCAUCCAG